UCGAUAUGAGGUUUGUCGGAGAGAGCCGGAGCAGGAGAUUCCCUGAUAGUACAUUAGAUCAAAAAAGAUGGCGGAUUGCUCGAGAAACGGCUUCUCCAGAUGCCGAUAGUGAAGGCUGUCUUGAAAGCCUAUGUCAAAUCCAUAGAUCUGACCCGUAAACUGGGGGCCCUAUUCACUGCCAUUGAGGUUUUUGAAACGUCUACCCCAAUUUGGCACCCCAAGCCCCAGCCCCCCCCCAUGAUUGAGCAGCAUAGAGAGGAAGUGUUUGAACACAGGAUGCUUUUCUUCUUCUUCUUCUUCUUCCUCUUCUUCAUCUGCUAUUCUGUACAUCUUCACUUCAUCAAAACACUUCGAACCCCAUACUUUCUGCAUCAUUGCAAUAACAUUCAACUCCAGCUCCAAAAAAGCUUCAAUUCACCACAGCAACUCAAUCAUUUGCCACCUUAACGCUGCCAUACUCCCACUUGGAGACCGUCAUCUCAGAGCUGUGCAGCUUCCGCCUGAGAACCAGGUCGCCCUCGCAUCGAAAUGAGCGUGCAAGUAGGCAUGAGUUUGACAUUCGACAUCAAGGGAGCCAAGCGCUCGAAUCAAGGUAUGCCCAAGACGCUUGCAUGCAGCU